UGGGCAGUAUUCGUCAAACGCCAUGCUUCUCGGGGUGUUACGGGGAACAGCGAGAGCGCCAAUCGUUGACGCCUUUUCGCACCUCCGAGUGCAAGUUAACUAAUAUUAACUCGGUUUAUCUGUACAAUUAUCUAGCCACCGCAUAGUGAAAACAAUCUUGUCAGUCAGAAUCAAGCUCUCAAGAUGCCUCACCAAAAAUCAAAUAUGCAGCUUCAGAAUUUGACAAUUGUAAUCGACACAAUGACAAAUUCCUGGAAAGCAUGAUACAUCCACGAUUCAAUCGGUCGUAUUACGUCUCCGCACAGACCAUGCUACUGCCGCGUGUUUACAACUCUUUGAAGAAACGUCCAUGUCGCCCGCAGAACCGCACGCUACUGGAGGAUUGAUUUCUUUUGUUGGUAUUCCUCAUGUGUCCAUCGACGUAGGGAAUCUUAUUUUCGGCGAUUCUACGACAAGCUUACAGCGAUCAUUUAUUGUCAUCAAGAAUAUAGGCGAAGGCUCCUUUGGGUCAGUCUCCUUAUGUGACUGGCAUGGAGAAUUACCAUAUGAAGUGCCACCCUCUACGCCCAAUAUCAAUGGUGUCACGAGGCCAGAAUGGACAGGUAUGCGUUUGGUGGCCGUAAAGAAACUCAAGCGAAGAUUGCAACAUGGUUGGGACGAGUGCCAGUCCCUCAAGGAACUCAAGGCACUACAUGCAUUGACCCCCCAUCCCUGUGUCGUCCCUCUCUUUGAUGUCUUUCUCUCAAGUGAGACUUCGGAGCUGUACUUCGUUUUUGAAGCUAUGGAAUGCGACCUAUACCGAUUCACGAGAGCCCGCAAGGGGCGGCCAUUGGCUGCUGGUCUUCUGUCCUGCAUCUUUAAACAGAUAGCAGCUGGACUGCACCACAUUCACUCUUCGGGUUAUUUCCAUCGUGAUAUGAAACCUGAGAAUAUUCUCGUCGCUACCUCAGGGCUCUUACAGUCGCAACCAGAUGAACAGAAAGAUGUCGCUGUCAUCUGCAAGAUUGCAGAUUUUGAUUCUGCAAGGGAGAUAUCAAGCACUCCACCUUACACGGAGUAUGUCUCAGGUCGGUGGUAUCGUGCCCCUGAGGUGCUGCUCAAGCAGAGAGACUAUUCUACGCCGGUGGACAUGUGGGCCCUCGGGGCGAUCAUGGCCGAGCUGAUAAACUUGAGGCCUAUAUUUCCUGGCACUGGAGAAGUCGAUCAGAUACACCGAAUCAUCAAAGUACUCGGCGACCCUGCAGAUUACGCCGUGGACGAGCACGGAAGAUCUUACGGAGGUGGUCCAUGGCCCCUUGGCUUGGAAUUAGCAAAGCGUCUUGCCUUCAAAUUUCCUCAGACCGAACCGAGAAAUAUGUAUACGAUGUUCGACAAGAGAACAUCUCGCCAACUUGUCGACUGCAUCUCUAGUCUCCUCAAGUUUGACCCCAGCUUGCGCCUUACUAGCCAACAGUGUCUUGCGCAUGAGUAUCUCGGGGAAUGCCUGCCGGAAAAUCUUCCUUGCAUGGCUCCUGGACUAGACAUCCACUCUCCACAACCCGUCAAUAGCAAAUGAUUUACACAACGUCGGAGCCAACUGUUAGAAUGAAAUAGGCUUUGUAGUACACCGGAACAGUACAUUUGAUAGAGUUGUCUAAAUUUGUGUGCUGUCAAUACGCAGAAGGCGUUCAAUACAUUCCUU